AUGACAUCCAAGCGCGUAGAGGACAAGCAUAAGGAAUGGCUGGACAAGAUCCUCUCGCAGAGCGGUCUGGUCUGCACCAGGUCGUCAUCACAUUCUGCUGUGGUUUCCUCUGAGACUCUUGUGCACGAAGAACAAGCUUACGCUGAAGAAGAAGAAGAGAGCAGCAGGGAAGCCACGUCAAUCGAAGAAUCACCAAAAGAUGUCGUCGAAGAAUCCAUAGAAGAGGAAAGCGGUACCUUCCCCUCUCCUUCUCUCCGCAGACUGCUGCCUGAUAAAAUACGAAAAAUUGAGGAGCAUAACAGAAUUCACGUAUUGCCGGAAGAGUUUAAGACGAAUAUUGAUCCGACGUUAAUACCUAAGAUUGUCCCACAAGUGAAGUAUAUAGAUAUAAUAGCAAGUCUGGUGGGCUGCUCGGAGUAUAAAAGCAGUCUGGCAGAGUUCUGGUUCCUGGACACGCUGGCCAACUUGUUGAGGAGGGCGCAGGAGGAUCAGCUUCCUAGAACCACUCAGGCGGUCCUGAUGCUGUGGUUCUGUGAGUGGAUGAAGGAGAUUCAGAACUUCGACGCGGCGAACCGGAAACGUAUGCUGAAACGAUUCAAGGACAACAUGCUGUCAGCAGCCCGUGUUAUCGCCGAAGUCCCCCGCCUGCCGACCCCCGCGGAGGCCGGGGUCUACUACAAAGCCCUAGAGGAAGACAAAGAGAAGAACUCUAAGGAAGCUCGGAGGAAGACGGUAGAUGUAGAGGAGGAUAUGCAUGUGGUGACGUUUGAGGAGUGCGCGUAUGAGUGCGCCAUGAGGGAUCUGGUCACGAUCAUGCAUUAUAUCUUUGAUUUAUUUAGUACCGACUACCAGUUCGACCUAGUACGUUCCAUCUUCACCUUCACCCCCGAAUACAACCUCAUCGACGUUCCCUACCCCCUGAACAACCCGAAGCGGCUGUACGUGCCCUUGAAACCCAAGAAGGAGAAGCCUAAGAAGGAGAAAGAGGUUAAGAAAGAUAAGAUGAAGAAGAAGGAGGUAGAAACGCAAGACUAUUUGGCGUUGAUGGAACUAAAAGCUCAGAUAGAGCGCGAGGCGGAAGAGCGAGAGAGCAAGGAGGCGGAAGUGUGGAACAAGCGGAAAAGCAUCCUGCCGCUCACGUUCGCGGGCUCCGACGAGCUGUUCCACAAGUACUGGGCGCCGCCGCCGCCGGAGCCCGAGCCGGAGCCCGAGCCCAAGCCCGUCAAGCCGGAGAAAGGGAAGAAGAAAAAAUAG